AUGGUACAGAUGGUAACAGAAAGGUAUUGGCGCCGAGCACUGGGGAUGCAAGUUAGAUAUGCUAACUGUGAUGACUACCAGUUUUGCUAUUCCUACCGAGGGAGACCUGGGCACAGACCCACCAUACUCAUGUUACAUGGAUUCUCGGCACACAAAGAUAUGUGGCUCUCUAUAGUCAAGUUCCUUCCGAAGCACCUGCACUUGAUUUGCGUUGAUAUGCCUGGCCAUGAGGGCACUACCCGGUCAUCUCUAGAUGACUACUCAAUUUAUGGGCAAGUGAAAAGAAUACACCAGUUUGUCGAAUGUAUCAAUCUGAACAGAAAACCCUUUCAUCUAGUAGGCACUUCAAUGGGCGGAAAUGUUGCAGGCGUUUACGCUGCUCAGUAUCCAGCAGACAUCUGCAGUUUAAGUCUCGUGUGCCCUGCAGGAUUACAGCCUUCCAAAGCUAGCAAAUUUGUGAAGCAGCUGCAGGAGAUGGAGGAGUCUAGGGCCAUGGACAGGAUUCCAUUAAUUCCAUCCACCCCUGAGGAAAUGGCAGACAUGUUAAAGCUCUGCUCUUAUGUCCGCUUCAAAGUCCCUCAACAGAUCCUGCAGGGCCUCGUUGACGUGCGCAUACCACAUAAUGAAUUUUACCGUAAAUUAUUUUUAGCGAUUACAGAUGAAAAGUCAAGAAACGCUCUUUAUGAAAACAUGAGCAAGAUCAAAGCCCCAGUGCAGAUCAUCUGGGGAAAGCAAGAUCAGGUGCUGGAUGUUUCAGGAGCAGAUAUUUUAGCAAAAUCAAUUCCUGACUGUCAAGUACACAUUUUGGAGAACUGUGGACACACUGUAGUCGUGGAACGGCCCAGGAAAACAGCAAAGCUCCUCCUGGAGUUCUUAGCUACUGUCCAGAAUGCAGAAAACAAUAAGAAACUGGCUUGAUCUUUUAUUGUCAAUUGAACCCUUAAGCUAGAUGUUUCAGUUGUCAUGAAAUUCUCAGGGAUCUUGUACAGAACUUGGUGACCGUGCCAAAAUCCCUGAAGAAAUCCGAAAAUUUGAUCUAUUAAUUUGUAGUUCUGCCAGUGCAGUGACUCAACGGACACUGAGCAAAGUUCAGGUUAUGGUUGCUCUUGGUAAAGUCCAGUAAAGUUCCACAAUAUUUGGGAAGUAGCAGAAGGCCCAUCAUACCUGUGGUACUACAAAUUUAUUUUUCGUUUGGUACCAUCCCAACUAUUUUUUGACAACAUCUUCACAAACUUUAAAACUAGGUAUCCAAGUUGGAAUUGGAUAGUGUUCGUGUUAACUAGAUAGCCUGAAGAGAUACAGAUCUACUUUUUAUCUUGCCGAGGUGCCAAUUUUCAUCCUUUGCAAUGAUCUGGUAUAUUGUAAAGCCUGGCUGAGUGGAAAAUGAUGGGCUUGUGGGGGCUUCCUGAUUUCAGCCAAUCUUCUUGCAAUGUUAUGGUGCAAUUCUAAACAGAGUUUAUACCCUUAUAAGCCCAUUGACUUCUGUGGACUUAGAAGGGUGUAACUCUGCUUUGUACUUGCAUUAUCCUAAGCAGCUUUAGUUAUAAGUAAGUAGCACUGAUUUCAAUGGGCCUUACUCCCAAAUAAAAUGUAUAGAGGACUGCAGCCUGAAUUACCUGGGAAAAAAUUAUUUCCUGCUUAUCCACUGGACUUCACCCAUAGAGUACACGUCAUAUAAUUAUUUAUAUAAUAUAUAAACUAGAAUAUGACCUGAAAUCAGAAAAUUCUAUAUCAUGGAAUGUACUGGCCAAUCCUUAUGUUUAUGCAGCUCUGUUAUGUGAUCUAGCAUAAUAUCUGGCUAACUGGAACGUAGGUGUCAAUGACAUUCUUUUAAAAUAUAUAGGAAACACAGUACAGAGGGAAACUUCAUAGACUGAGAGCCUCAGGGGUAUCCUGCCUCUUAGUAUAUACGGCUUUGCAUGAUAAGCAGCUCUUACAGAAGAUUCUGGUGAUCAAGGUGUUUGCAGAAGUGCCGUUUUUGUAGCUCAUUACUUUAUGAUUUUGUCAGAGAAUGAAGGUGACAUACAAGAUUUUAAUGGUAUGAAAGUUUCAUGGACUGUGCAGCUCUGUAAUGUUUACACUAAUUUAUUAUGGAUGAGUUUUUCUAUCCCUUGAUGAGUCCUUUGUUAUGUAUGUACUGCCUUAAUUGUCAGCAAUGCUGAAAUAUUGGUAUCAUCUGGCCUUGCUUUCAUUACAAAUAUGUUCUUAUAGCCUGUGGUUGUGGUAUCCAAACAACUCUGGAGUUACUGGUGUAGGAAUUCAAGCUUUAAGGGGCAAUCCACUGACUAUAGAAUUCACAUGCACACAGACCAGACUUGUUUAGAUCUACUGAGGUCAAGGAAACUACAACUGUAUUUAUGUGAUUAGCAAAUCAUUCCCUAUGAAAAGUGAUCUUUCUGUACAGUUAAUAAACCAUGGAGCCAUUUUGGAGCCAAUCCUGGAGCCAUUUUUUUUUCAUCUAGAUGGGAUCUGAUCCAAGCAAUAAAUACUGUAGAUAGACACAUAAGUGAUCAAAUUCAGGUGCAAGUUGGAAUGAGCUGUUUUCUCGGCUCUAUUCUUAAUUACAUGUUCCACUGAGUGUUUUGAUGUAAAUAAUUGAGUUUUUGUAAUGAAUUCUAUGAAUUCUGUGAAUGGUUAAAUAAUUGGGGGUGGGGUGGGGAUGAAUAAUU